AUGCCGAAGAAGAAAACAGGCCAAAGAAAGAAGGCAGAAAAACAGCGCGAGCUGCAGAAGAAAAUCAGAAGUGGAGAAAGGCCUCUCGCGGAACAUCCAUGCAAUACACAAAUGCAGUGUGAUCAAUGUCUCCGCGAUCAGAAGACCCGAGCUUUCUGCUAUUUUUGUUCGGCCAUUUCCAAGUUACCAACUUGCGCUCAGUGCGGUAAACAGAAGUGCAUGUCAAAAACGGGAGACUGCGUUAUCAAACAUCCUGGAAAGUUCACUACAGGUGAGCUAAUCUUGAAUUCGAAGUCGCUGGUUAUAUUACAAUCUCUUGGAAAC